AUGGAAGCAGCCAGUAGCUAUGAUAGAAACGAUACAUGUAGGAGUGCAAAAAAUGGAUCUACAAAAAAUAAUAGAGAACAAGAGGAUGAAAAAAAUAACAGCAAUUUAUUGACUAUAUAUUCGUUCAUUAGCAGCUAUGUAUUUAAGGAAGACAUGAAUUAUGACGAGAAUGAUAGCAGAUAUGAAUUGCUAGAAAGCCAGGAUUUGGAAAAUGAAGGCUGCGAGAAGAAAGUCAGUUUUAGUGAGUAUAACGAAAAGGUGUACCGGUAUUAUAGAGGCAGGAGUGGAAGCGAGCACGGGGAAGAAGCGGAUAACGAUGACGAGGAUGAUGAGGAGGAGGAGGAGGACGACGAAGAAGAUGAAGAAGUGGACGAUGAUGAUCAUGGUGACGACGACGGUGAAGAACUGGACGAUGAGGAAAGCGAUUGCAAUGCGCACACCUUGGAGAAUGCAAACGAAGAAGACGUAAUCGUGCAGGGAAGCGUCCCUCGCAAAAAAAAAAGAUCCAAGAGGCGCAGAAAAAAGGGAAUACCACACGGGGAAAAUCAUAUGAUCUCCAUGAAGGAGAAAAAAUACAAAAAUAAGCUAUGCAAAAAGGAAAAAAAAAAUAAAAUCCAUAAUGUAAAUGAGGACUAUAGGGAGGCCCACAACAACGGUCCCAUCAAAAAGAACAUUAACAACAUCUCCAAAUAUUUCAUGCUUUCCAUGGAUAAUAUAAACGAACAAGAAAACAUUUUUAAAGAUGAAAAACAGUUGUCCAGACAAAUGUCGUAUUAUAACGAUGCUUACUAUUAUACCUCCGAAAUGAUAUAUAAAAAUAAUAAGCGACACAAAGAGAAGUUCGCACUGUACUUGAGAUUAAUGUCUUUGUUUGUCAACAUAAUGAUUGGCAUUUACUUGAUCACACACUUCCCACAUACGAAUAACGAAUUCGAAAUGAACUCGCAAAAUGGCCACUACAGGGAAAACGAAAAUUUAAAAGAAAUUAUUCGAAAUACAUUAUUCCCUGCAAAAAGUGGUGCAGCUACAGUGUAUGAGGAUAACGUGCAUGCGCAUAUGAAUGCACUGACUAGCCAAAGUGAAGUGUUGCAAAAUAAUGAAAAAAAGAGGAAAUAUUUGGACAUCCUCUUUAGAGGCAGUACCAAAGCUAAGGAGAAGGGGACCAAUGCGGCUUCUCCCUGGAAGGAUGAAAACAGCGUGGAUGAUAAGAAGAAAGAUAAGGAGGUCGUCGUGUUAAGGGACAAUUCCUCCAAUCAUACAGAAAAGCGGAACAAAACAAGCGAGGAAGAAAUUUCCGAAUUUAAUAACCCAAUCACAGAUAUUGACAUAGUAAAUAUAAUCCAUGAUGAAUACAUAAUGCAAUAUAUUUAUCUUGAAAUGAACAAAAUAUAUAAAUAUGCAGUAUAUUCCUUCUUUGGAGAAUUGUUGGUAAUAUCAAUUAUUGUAUUUUCACUCUUCAUUUUAAGGAUCAUUAUAAAAGACAAUAAUAAAUUUAGUGUAAUCCUAACAAUGUAUGGAAUAUUAUACAAAAUAUUUUGCUACAUAUUCGCUCACUACGUGUUAGUUAUGGGUUUGUAUAUUCUUUCAAUUUAUUACAAUAUAUAUAGAAGUAAGGAUAUAAGUGAAAAUAAUUUUAAUUUUUUUUGUUACCAUUAUGUUUGUAAUAAUCUGCAUAUACAUUUACUCAUGUUGUUCUACGCAUUUCAAAAUAUCAUUUUCACCAUAAAUGAUACAUUCAAUUGUAUCAGAAUGAUGUUUAUAAUAGUCAAACAUAUUAUCGUUAGAAUAUAUGAGAAAAUUACAUGCAAAAAUUUUAUUACAUUUUACGAAUUAAAAGAAGAUAAAUCUCCCUUGUCUUUAAAUUGUAUGAAUAAAUUUAAGAAGAAGUGCAACAUGAAUAAUAAGUGCUGUCGCGAUAAGACCUGCGUGGAAAUAGACAUCGACGAAAUUCAUGAGUUGGAAUAUGACAAGAGCCAGAUGCCUUUCCCCAGUCUACAUCAGAAACCCUACUGCAAGAACUUAGAUAUCAAGACGUACGAGCAGUCCCUAUUGAACAUGCGCAAUCCCAUCUUUAAGUAG